AUGUCAGUAAUCAACGCUAUAAAGAUUGCAUCCAAAGCCCAGCCCGCCAAGCAGUCUUUGAUAUUUUUACACGGCUUGGGCGACACAGGAUCUGGUUGGUCAUUUCUAGCGGAACUUUUACAACAAGACCCUGCAUUCCGGUACACAAACUUCAUAUUCCCCAAUGCGCCUGUCAUGGGUAUUACGGUGAAUGGAAAUUACCCCAUGCCAGCUUGGUUUGAUAUCCGUAGCUGGGAUAAUGUACAAUCACAAGCAGACGUGGCCGGUUUUUUGAAAUCUCUACACGUUGUGGAAAGGUUGGUAGAUGAGCAAAUCCAAAAUGGUGUCAAUCCACAAAACAUUGUUGUAGGCGGUUUCUCUCAAGGUGCAGCUUUAGCGCUAGGAAGCGCGGUCACUCUGCCCACUAAGAUUGCGGGUUUUGUGGCUCUGUCGGGCUUCUCCAUAAUCAACGACAAGCUGCUUGAGUUGAAGAGCCCCGCGAACUCAGAUACUCCUAUUUUCCACGGCCACGGUGAUCAAGAUACAGUCAUUCCUCUCAAAUACGGCCACAGCGUUGAGCAGUUCUUUACUAAGUACUGCGGGAUUUCCAACUACACAAUGAACGUAUACUCAGGGAUGGAGCACAGUGCCAGUCCCGAAGAGAUCGAAGAUCUUGUCAAGUUUCUCAAAAGUAUUCUGAGAUUGCACUAA